AUGGCUAUAGUCAACCUGAACCUCAUCGACUCGAGCAAAUUUACUCAUCGUUUUACGUCUUGUGAAAUCGUUGACUUGCCUCACAACUCACAACUCACUAUUGUCCGGGCUUUGGGUCAUUCCCCUAGUCCGCGAGUAUUCCUGGCGACUCUGACAACAACUUGCACUAGUCCCUCGAACACCCUCGACCUCGUCGUUAAACUAGCAACUAAUGCUGCUGGAAUGUUGGACCUUCAUAUGGAAGAAUGGGCAUAUGGAAAACUGAAAGAAAUGCAAGGAGUCUCUAUUCCGUUGUGUUAUGGGCUGUUCGAGGGCAUGAUUCACGGUGAAGAUGUGAAAUUCUUGCUACUUGAGUAUUGUGUUCCAGAUCGAUUCCUCAUCACUGAGCUUGAUAUACUAGAGAUGCAGUACCAAACGAUGUUGGCAUUAAUCAAAAUUCAUCGGAAGGAUCUCUGUUAUGGGAAACUCUUGGACUCUUCUCACGUCAUUGUUCAAAAUGGCUCGUCGCGCAUCUUAAGCCUCUCAAAAGUGAGGCCCUAUGGACCGUCAUGCAAAGAUAUUUCCAGGUUUUAUGACGACGACGGAGUCAAAAACGCAGAACGCCAAUGCUGGUCUCGGGAGCUUGUGGACACUGCGCUCCACUACGAGUUAACCGAAAGGAAGAGAAACCGGGGCUACAAUUUCUUACAUAUAUAA